AUGGCGGACCAAAGCAGCAUAAGCGAUAAGUCGGCGAACCCGGGCCGCUUCAACACCGUCCACAGUAUAGCCAGCACCUCGGAGCCGGAGACUAACCAGUAUGGCCACCUCACAUUGUGGCAAUCCAUCAAGAAAUGGCGUCGCGUCGUCUUCUACUGCAUCGGCAUGACAUCUGCCAUCUUGCUUUACGGAUACGAUUAUGUCAUUGUCGGUACCGUCUCAGCGAUGCCCAGCUUUCAGCGAGACUUCGGCCAGCAGUAUGAAGACAAGUGGAUCCUGCCGUCUCUCUGGCUAGGACUCUGGAACUUCGUGAGUCCUGGAUGCUCCAUGGUCGGCGCACUCAUCGGUGGUCUGUUCCAAGACCGGUACGGACGUCGCGGCUCUCUCGCCGUAGGCUCCUUUCUGUCAGCUGUGGGAGUCGCAAUCUGUUUCAUCUCGAACCUCUCUUCCGAUAUCCACGAGCGACGGGGCAUCUUUCUCGCAGGCAAGGGAUUCCAGGGCGGAGCUAUCGGCAUGGUGAUGGCAACUAGCCAAACGUACAUGUCCGAGAUCCUUCCACCCAACCUUCGAGGUCCCCUUCUAGCAUUCUUCCCCAUCUUUACGCUGCUGGGCCAGCUGAUCGGCGCCGCCGUCAUCUUCGCAUGCCUCAACCUCUCGAACGGAUACACCAUUGCCUUUGCGUCGCAGUGGCCCUUCUCGGCUAUCCCAUUGCUGAUGGCCUUCAUCAUCCCAGAGAGUCCAACAUACCUAAUCCGAAGGAACCAGGACGAGCGGGCUUCCAAGGCGCAGAGGCGGCUGGACGCGCCGGGAAUGGAUCCGGAGAAGACGCUCGAUGUCAUCCGGCAGAACAUCGAGCAUGAACGCCGGCAGACAGACGCAACAUAUCUCGCUUCUUUUCGAGGGACGAAUCUGCGACGGACGUUGAUCAUCAUGUUCGCCAAUUCGCUGCCCAACAUCUUUGGCUUGACAAUUCUCUCAAAGUCAAGCUACUUCGUCCAAGUCGUCGGUAUGAAGGCCAAUUUGAGUAUCAUCGUGCUCAUCCUCGGAAUCGUCUGUGGCCUGAUUGCCAACAUCGCCAGUGUCUGGGUCCUCUCCAAGGUCGGACGCAGACAACUCAUCUUGAGCACGUUGUCUCUCUUAACUGUCAUAUGGACUGCCGUGGGUAUUUCGGGAUGCUGGUCGGGCCCUGUGACCGUUUGGUACACUUCCAUCUCGCUGAUAGUGGUUGUUAUCGUGGCCGGCUUGGGUGUUUGGCCUGCUUCGCACGUCGUAGGUGCCGAAACCUCCUCUCUACAUCUGAGAUCCAAGGCCCAAGGUAUCGGCUGGUUCACGGCCGGCGCGAACAAUGCCAUCUUCGGAUUUGUACUGCCGUACAUUUUCAACCCCGACAAAGGGAACCUUAAAGCGAAGACCGGUUUCGUGUACGCGGGGCUGUGUGCUCUCGGGCUCGUCGUUUCCUUCCUCUGCAUUCCCGAGAUGAAGGGACGAACGCCAGCAGAGAUUGAUCGCAUGUUCGAGUCGAGGCUACCGGCAAGGAAGUUCCGACAAUGGACCAAUUCAACGGGAGACGCGCAAGAGAAUGGUGCUUCUAGAGCUCAGAGCCCUGGUGUGUAG